AGGAUUCAGACUGAUAGUCAUUGGAGUAACUCUUUCUCCUUCUUCACCCUUUUAACUUGCGCAGUUAAUUUAAUUAUAUUAGCAGAUUUACACAUAGAGACAUGUACCGCUGCACGAUAAGACUGGCAGAGCAGCAUUGGAAAUGUCCUGUCCGGUGUAUGAGCGCUGUAGCAAAGAGGAGGAGAUCUCUGCCAAGUGCCUUCCCAGUGCUGGAGCUGCCCCUGCAGCCCUUCCACCAACAUGUGUAUGAGGCUAACCUUCGAAACAGCAACACCUGCAAUAAGAAAUUCGUAGAGUUGAGUGAGAAGGUGAGGAAAGGUGGAGGCCAGAACAGCAUUGAAAGACAUACAAAGAGAAACAGGAAGUUGCUGGUCAGGGAUCGUCUACGCCUCCUGCUAGAUGAUGAAGAUUUUCUGGAGCUGUCGCCCUUUGCGGGUCUGAAUCUGCCAUAUGGAGACAUUCCUUCAGCUGGCUGCCUGACAGGUAUCGGCAGAAUCUGUGGUCUGUGGUGUGUGUUCAUUGCCAACGACGCCACGGUCAAAGGCGGCACAGCUUAUCCGAUCACAGUGAAGAAGCAACUAAGAGCUCAAGAUGUGGCGACUCAGAACCGCCUGCCUUGUGUUUACCUGGUUGACUCUGGAGGAGCUUUCCUACCUCUGCAGUCUGAGAUCUUUCCGGAUAAGAACCAGGGAGGAAGAACUUUCUAUAAUGAAGCCAUCAUGUCUGCCAUGAAGAUCCCACAGGUGUCGGUGGUGUGUGGGUCAUGCACAGCGGGUGGAGCCUACAUCCCCACAAUGGCAGAGGAGACAGUGAUGGUGCACCGAAUAGGCACCAUAUUCCUGGGAGGACCACCACUCGUCAAGGCUGCUACAGGAGAGGAGGUGACACCAGAGGACCUGGGAGGAGCCAAACUUCAUGCUGAAGUGAGUGGCUGUGUGGAUCAUUUUGCCUGGGAAGAGAAGGAGGCGUACACUUACACCAGAAACAUCAUUUCCACCCUCAAUUUCCAGCUGCCUGAGGAAGAGGAGCAUGACGAGGAGAAGACGAGGAAGAGGAAAGCAGAGGAGGAGCCACUGUACAGUUCAGAGGAGCUUCUGGGUCUUGCUCCUCGGAGUUACAACUACACGCUGGAUGUUAAGAUGGUUAUCAGUCGACUGACAGACGGGAGCCGCUUCCAGGAGUUCAAAGCUCGCUAUGGAACCACGCUGAUCACUGGGUUUGCAAAGAUUCAUGGGCACCUGGUGGGAAUAGUAGCCAGCAAUGGAGAGCUGUCGUACCAAGCCGCCCUGAAAGGGAGUCAUUUUGUCCAGUUGUGUGACCAGAGAGACGUCCCGCUCCUCUUCCUCCAGAACACAGCGCCCACACCGGCUCCGACGCGCUCCGUGUCCAAGGCAGAGAUGAAUAGUAACCACCUGAAGGCUCAGGGAUCGAUGCUGUCCGCUGUAGCGUGCGCGUCCGUGCCCAAAAUCACUGUGGUGAUCGGUGGUUGCCACGGUGCCGACAGCUACGCCAUGUGUGGACGGGCCUUUGAACCAAACUUCCUUUUCCUGUGGCCCAAUGCCAGAGUGUCAAUGGUGGCUCCGGGUCAUGCUGGCUCUCUGCUCCCCUCGGACGCUGAGCAGCAGCAGCAGCAGGAAGACGACAUGAAUAAGAGAUUAGAAGAAGAGAGUUCAGCUUUCUUCUCCUCUGCCAGGCUCUGGGACGAUGGAGUCAUUCUGCCUCAGGACACCAGGAAGGUUCUCAGAGACUGUCUGGACAUCAUUAAACAGCAGCAGUAUCAGAUUUCCACAGAAAAGGGGCAGUCAGCACUUCUUCGUGUGUAGGAGCUUCCGCUUCCCCCUGAUACUCCCUGUGGACAAGACAGAGUCUCUACGUCACUGGUGAUGCACCUGAUUCUCCACCUUCAACAAUCAAAAGUUGUGAAGAGUACCAAUACAACUGAUCUGCACUGUCUCCGUUUUUGCCACCUUUCUGUGGGGGGUGUCCAGCACUUAAAGGGUGGAGCUAAACAGGAAUGAAAUGGGGAAAAACACAAAAUGAACCAUUUUCAAACUCACUGGGCAUUACAAGGUCAUUUGUGUUUCUUUUUUCAUGACAAAUGUAAUCAUGGUGGGCUACACACUGUGUCGUACUGUGAAGAAAUUGUUGUUUGUUUGUUUUUUAUAUAUACAUAAUAACAAAGUUAUAGUGGUUGGACAGAAAAACCACGAUAAGACGAAAUAUCCACAGCUGAAUCUUAUCAUCAGUUCUUUAAUGUCAUAUUUGAGAAGGUGACUGAUGGAUGCGAUCCAAAUUUUGUUCAUAAAACAACACGGAUGGCCAAAGUGAGAAAAAGACAGAAAACAAAAGCAAAAAACUACAUAAACUCAACCUCUGACUUCCGUCGCACCACAAACUUGAAGCAGUUAACAUGAGGUCAUGAAUGUGUCUGAACUUGACAAACUGAAGACUAUCUCCAUUCACGCAGAGUUGUUUCGUAGUUCAAGGAACAAAAACUCUCCAUGUCCACACUUACAGUCUCAGAACAGAUUGACUUCAUGCACUGUUCAGAAAUAUAAUUGAAGGAAAUUGA